AUGUUACGCCUCCUAACGAGUUUCGCAGCUGCCGGCGUGGUGCUGCCCGCGGCCGAGGCCAUUCUGGUUGCGCCAGACUCGCCGUGCUCGACCAACUGCGGCAAUGUUCUGGAUUCGACGGCGCCCGAUGACCUGGUGUGCACGCCGGGCCAGUACACCGGCGGCUACAACAACAAUGCUGGCACCGUGUUUCAAGGCUGUGUCCAGUGCGAGCUGGAGAGCGGAUAUGUAACAAAGAACAACUAUUCCGACAACGAGGCGGCCUUGUAUAACCUCCGGUAUGCUGUAUCAUACUGCGUCUUCAACGAGCCGUCGCAUUAUGACUUUGUUAACAAUCCAUGUGUUACGAGCAAAGCUUGUGGUGUCUUUGCCAACGCUAUUGCGUAUCAAAAUCUGUCAGUCACGUAUGACGACUAUGGAUACUGCGAUACAUGGCCUACCGGCGACUCUGUCGACUUUCACGGAUGUAUAGAGUGUCUUCAGGUCUCUAACAACUAUCUGGCAAACUUUGUUACGGUUCUUCAAGCUGGAUGUGAGCAAAAGCCGAUGGAUGGUCUAACUCUGGGCCUUCAGGGCAACAUCUUCUCGAGUGACGUCGUCAACAUCACUGAGCCUACACCAACAGCCAAGGUAGACCCUGCCUGGUUCGAUCAUGGUCCGCUGGGUUUGGGCGGAAAAGUUGGCGUCGCCGUGGCGGGAUUCAUUCUACUAUUGACCCUCGCCGGUGUAUUCAUCGUCUGCAGAGGCAGAAGACGGAGAAAGGCGUUCCUCAGGAAAUUGCAGACCAACAUGCCACCGAUGAAGUCUAACCCAGGAGGAUGGCCAUCUGUGUCUACGAACCCGCACGAUUCGAACGAAACUCCAAUCAGCCAGCGACCUCUGCGGAACUGGGAUGACUCUCCCAUGACUGGCAAUACGGAAAAGACCUUCCCCCGAUACUUCUCACCUUAUUCAUCUCAAUUCAACAGUCCGAUUAGCGCGACUGAGGUCAACCAUAUGCCGUGGCCAGAACCCGCCCAUGGAUCUCCUCAAUCUCCUCGAGAGAUUGGACUCGCGCUUGGCUCUGCCAUUGAUAUUAACAAUGCAAGCCAUGAGAGAUGGGUCUCGUCGCCAGACGACAAGGGCAAGAUGAAGGAGGAGGCAUACGAAAUGCAGUAUGUUGACAGUGCCGGAAGCGGAAUCGUUGCAAACAAACAGCCGAUUCACGUUGAGGCUCCGAUCCUGGCCCAUCCCGGCUAUGGGAGAAACUCUGAUAGCCCGCCGAGGCAAUACGAUGUGAACGGGAAUGCGGUAUAA